AUGAAAUCUACCGUGGUUCUUGCCUUAGACAAUUCAUAUCGUGGUCUCCCUAGCCUACCUAAGAAUGCACAAAUGUGGACAAUUGUCAUAAAUUCCCUGAACUAUGGAUCUGAACAUGCGGAGUUAAGAGCUGCUCUGGCGUUGACAAGACUUGGUUCAUACACGAACUCAAUGGAGGUCGAUGGACGUGUCACAUUCAUUGCCGAUUCACUUUGCGUGACGCUUCGAAGAUUCAUCCUUGGCGAAAGCCGUAGGAUGCAGGGUGCGACCAUACCCGUUCAUAUCGCAAUCAAGUUUGGCGAUAGCCCAUUCUUCGAUAUGAAAACCGCUUUCGAUGUUGAAGUCGAGAACGUUCCUCUAUUCUUGCGCCCAGGACCUUCCACAAAUCAGUCGUUACAUGACUUUAUUGAUAUGGCGACAUCUUCCUUGAAUAUUGCAAUGCCCUCCUCCAAGUCUCUUCUUAGAACGGAGCCCAUUGAUGAAGACUCCGACCUCUCCAAUGAUAGGGUUGGACCCAGAUCUCUUUCUACCAUUUCCCUUGAUAAAGAAGCAUACCAUUCAGUAUCCUCUGAUUCCCCACUUUUUGACGCCUGUGCUACGGCUAAUUCACGUUGCGAUGUAAGAUAUGGUAUUGGAAAAGAUGAUACAAUUGUCCAAGCACUCUUACAUGCGGGCAGAGGAGGAAGUGCGGUUUCAACAGCACUCGUAAUUGCUCACGAUGCGUCAAAAGAGAUCUGUACGUCUUUGCGGGAGAAAGAGAUCCUCGUGACAUUGCUUGGACAUCGCGUUACAGACAACGACCCUCAGAUGGAACUUGGAGGGUUCAGGUAUUCCAGUACUGGAAAAUACGAAUUCGACGAGCAUUAUGAUGUGGCCUAUAUUGACAUACCAAGCUCGAAGGAGUUGACGGUAGACACGCAUCAGAAGUGCAAGUUAGCCGCCUAUUUGCGCGAUUCUGGCAGGGUCAAAGGAUCAAUCAUGAUAUCAGUGGGUUCCAUGCCCGCCGAAAAGGACAAGUGUGACAUCCUAAAUAUCUAUGGUCAUACCGGAACUAGUACAGAUACUAUAUUUCGUCUUCGGAGCAGCUUUGAUGACUCUCUCUAUAGUGAGGAACCUUUCAAAUGUUUGAUAAUGGGCACUAUCGACGUUGCGAAGGGUGAAAUCUUGAGACGAUUUACUUUGCCUUGCCAUCCUAUCUUUACAAGCUUUCUGGACGAGCUCACUCCUGGUUUGUUUUUCUGCGAGGAAAAUCAAUGGAAUCAUGUGUUACUGGGUCAAUCAUACCUUCUCGCUAAUGGCCUUUGGUCUUCAUUUGAGCAUGUGUUACUUGCAGAAAAUCCCUUGCAGUGUUAUGCUGCUCUUAAAAUCGACACUCCAUCUCAAUUUUCCACUAGUUUGGAACAAUAUUUCAUGUCUACCUCGGUAGAUCAUAUCGAUGUUUCACCAUCAUUAUUCUUUUCCCACAAACCUCGCUUCAUUGAAAUGAUGAGCGCACGAUAG